AAACACCUUUAAUCGAUAAAAAUGUAAAUACAUGUAAAUUAGAAGUCAAUUUACAAACUAUAAAAACUUCGUGCAGGAAUGAAAUGGUUUCACAGUCAAAUAUGGAACGUCUUGGAUUUUUGGCUAUUUGUAUUUUAAGCGUUUCAGCCAAUCAACCCUUCGACAACAAUGAAUCUCAAAUUCAUGGGCAAAAUGGUUGGUAUGUACCCCGAGUGGAUGGAACUGUUUCCUGGAUGGACAGAAAUAUGGCAGACAAGUUUCUAGAUUCAAUGGAAGUGAUUGAAGAUAUUGAACUUUUAACUUCGCCAGUUACCUUCCACUUGUACACCCGCUUAAAUCCCACACUUGGGACCAUAAUAACGCAUACCAGGGAAUCAAUAGAGAUUUCAAAUUUUGAUGCCAAUAAAACCACUUAUGUCAUUAUACACGGUUGGACGCAAAGUUAUCAGACGGAUGUUAUUCGAAAUUUGGCCUCAGCUACCUUGGGUACAUUUGAUUGCAAUGCCAUCGUAAUUGAUUGGCCUCGAGCACGUUCGCUGAUUUAUGAAACGUCGGUAGCUGCAGUUCCAAUUGUUGGCAGAGAGGUAGCCAAAAUGAUCGAUUUUCUAAGUGAUAACUUUCAGAUGUCAUUCGACAAUUUAAUGGUUGCCGGUCAUAGUUUGGGUGCUCAUGUUGCUGGUUUUUCUGGUAAGAAUGUAAAAAGUGGUAGACUGCCGAAGAUUAUAGCCAUGGAUGCAGCUUUGCCCCUCUACAGCUAUGACAAGCCACAAAAACGUUUAGCUUCCACCGAUGCCGAUUAUGUUCAAGCCAUUCACACGGAUGCGGGCCAUUAUGGUUUUGUACGACCCCUUGGGCAUGCUGACUUUUAUCCCAACGGCGGAACCCGUCAACCCGAUUGUAACAGUCUAAAUAUUGGUCCUUGUUCACAUGAACAUUCAGUGAUUUACUAUACCGAAGCUAUUGAGUUUGACAAUUUCCGCAGUAUCGAAUGUGAAAACUAUCAACAAGCUUUAAAGAAUGAUUGUGGCAAUGUUGUGUCAGCGGUGCGUAUGGGUGCAGUCUAUCCAGAGGAGGAGGUUAAUGGUAUCUAUUAUGUUCCAGUUCGAAAUAGUCCACCGUAUGGCGUGCUAAAUGAUACAGAAAGCGAGUAUUAGACAUUGAGGAGCAAUAGGUACUCCAAACGGAUUUUACUUUUCGUCGAUGAUUAAUAUUCACUCGAACUAUUUCCUUUGAAUAAUAGGAAA